CACGGCCCGUCGGCUAUAAUCGACUGUUGGUCACGUAGACUAGAGAAGUUUAUGUCAUGUCUUUGGCUUAGUUAUGCACCGCUUAUGUAACUAUCCUCCGCAAUGUUCCCCCCGCUAUCUGCAAAACUUCAUCCUUCGGGAGAUGCCGAGGAAUCACUGAUAUCAAAUGAAAGACGCUCGUGCAGAUCGGCUGCUGAUUAUCGCCAAAUCGACAGUGCGAUAUACUCCCUAUCUUCCAUCUCUGAUUCCUGCUCGAAAAAGCAAAGCUAAUUGAGACACGUUCCUCUAUAACUAGAGUGGUCCUCCGGUCUUGUCCGUCGCAUCGCCGAUCUCCGAGCAUUCCAGCCAUUGGCGCAAUUCAUACUCUAGCCCACCAUUCUGUACCUCCGAUUGUUUGGUAGGAAUAAAACCCUUGAAACAAUGGAACAGAUCACCAGUUUCCUGUCGCUACUUGGAGAAGAGGUAGAAGAUGCCGAAGAGGAAGCCUUCUACCUUUUCGCACAAGACAUCCCAUCCUCCAACUUAGGCUUCGUCGACUCGCGCGCCACGACCGUCGACCUCACAAUCAAUAACCAGGACUACACCAUCCAUCAAUCGCCCACGUUACUCUCCUCGACCCGUGCAGGGGGCACAACAGGCGCAGUCCUCUGGAAAAUCACCCCGCUCUUCUCCGAAUGGCUAUCCUCCGCGACCAACCCCCUCUGGACCCGAUCACUCCUCUCCGCCGCCUCCACCGUCGUCGAACUCGGCUGCGGCAUCUCCGGGUUGAAUGCCCUCACCCUCGCGCCCAAGGUCCACCACUACAUCGCGACAGACCAGGAAUACGUCCACCGGCUCUUCCGUCAAAACAUCGAGACCAACCACCAGCCCUCGACCUCAACCAGAUCCUCCAAGUCUCGUAAACAGCAGCAACAGCAGCAACAACAACAAACCAAACGCAGCAAACCCAAACAGCAACAGCAACAACCACAUGCCACACAACAAUCAACAUCCUCACCAAACAUCACCUUCACCUCCCUGGAUUGGGAAACCGACGUCGCAGGUUCGCUGAAGGCCAGCGUCGGAUUGGAGAACCCUGACCUUGGUUCCGACGACGAGGAACAAGGAAUCGAUCGAGGCUUCGAUCUCCUGGUAUCCUGCGACUGUAUCUACAACGAUGCGCUCGUGGCGCCGUUCGUGCGCACGUGCGCCGAUAUCUGUCGGCUGAGGCCGGUAUAUACCACAAAUAAUUAUGGGGCGAGGAGCCGAACGCCGACGAUCUGCCUCAUCGCGCAGCAGCAGCGGUCGCCGGAGGUGUUUGAGGCUUGGUUGCAGGAGACGUUGAAGGUGUUUCGCGUCUGGCGGGUCGGUGAUGAUGUGCUUGGGGAGGCGUUGAAGUCCGGGACGGGGUAUUUGGUGCAUCUUCUGCUUCUCAGGUGAUUGAGAUUUAGUGGGGGAGCUGGGGGAUAAAGGAUGUAGUCGGUCGGUCGAGUUAAGAUGAGGUUGGGAGAUGCAAAUGGCGAGUUUCCUGCGUGUCCUGCUUCUUCCGAGUUGAUUCAUCUUUCGACCGAUCUAUCAUGACUGAAUCGCGUGUAUAUGUGUCAAAGUCUGCGUGACGCGGCAUUGGAAUCAAGUAAUUCAUAUCCAAUGAUAAUUCGUUUGGGAUGAUCACAUUGAAAAAUCGAUAUCAGGAAAGCACGAACGC